AUGCUGGCAGACAUGCGCCGUGAUGUCCAGGAGAUCUUCCGUGCCACUCCAACACAAAAGCAGGUCAUGAUGUUUUCGGCAACACUGUCCAACCAGACCAAACCCGUCUGCAAGAAGUUCAUGCAGAACCCACUUGAGAUCUACGUCGAUGACGAGACUAAGCUCACUCUGCAUGGUCUUCAGCAAUACUAUGUCAAGCUUACCGAGGACGAGAAGAAUCGACGUCUCAAUGAUCUGCUUGAUACCCUGGACUACAACCAAGUCAUCAUCUUCGUCAAGAACACACUCCGUGCGAACGAGCUUGACCGUCUCCUGCGCGAAUGCAGCUUCCCUUCCGUCACUGUGCACUCGCAAAUGUCGCAAGACGAGCGCAUCAAGCGCUUCACGGCAUUCAAGAACUUCGCCCAUCGUAUCUGUGUCAGCACUGACGUGUUCGGCCGUGGUAUCGAUGUUGAGAAGAUCAACUUGGCCAUCAACUAUGACAUGCCAGACUCGACCUCCAACAAGGAAGCUGAGCGUCAGAAGACCAGUGGAGCCGACAAGGGCUCAGCAGAGUACAAGGAAUCCAUUGCACAAGCUGCUGACACUUACCUCCACCGCGUGGGCCGUGCUGGUCGUUUCGGAACGAAGGGUGUUGCUAUCAGCUUCAUUAGCUCUGAUCGCGACCAGGAAGUGCUCAACGCUAUCGAGGCGCGAUUCGAGAGGAAGGUCGCAGAGUACCCGGCUGACGGGCUCGUCCAGCAGAAGGAUGCGGAAUAG